AUGCCGGGGCCCUGCUUGCUGCUGCUCCUGCUGCUCGCCGCUCUCUGCCCGCCCGCACCGGCCCGGCAGGGCCCCGCCAGGAUCGCCGUGGUCGGCGGCGGCAUCGGCGGAGCGGCCACUGCCUACUUCUUGAGGCAGAAAUUCGGCACCGGCCUGCGGAUCCAGGUGCUGGAGAAGGCGGCGGUGGGAGGCCGCUUGGCCACCGAGCAGCUGGAGGGGGCUGCCUACGAGGCGGGAGGCUCCGUCAUCCACCCCCUCAACCUGCACAUGAAGCACUUCGUCCAGGAGCUGGGUCUCUCGGUUGCCUCGGCACAAGGGAGCCUGCUGGGCAUCUACAACGGGGAGGACUUUGUCUUUGAGGAGAGCAGUUGGUACAUCAUCAACCUCCUCAAGCUCCUCUGGCACUAUGGCCUCAACCCCCUGCGCAUGUACAUGUGGGUGGAGGACAUCCUGGACAAGUUCAUGAGGAUCUAUCGCUUCCAGACCCACGACUACGCCUUCAGCAGCAACGAGAGGCUGCUGCAUGCCCUUGGAGGGGAUGGCUUCACCCUCCUGCUCAACCAGACCAUCGAUGAAGCCAUGCAGAGGGCUGGCUUCUCCCCCAAGUUCAUCAAUGAGGUGGUUUGUCCAGCCAUGAGAGUCAAUUACGGGCAGGGUGUCAACAUCAAUGGUUUUGUAGGAGCUGUUUCGCUGGCAGGGGUGGACUCAGGCCUUUGGUCAGUAAAAGGAGGGAACAAACUGGUCUGCAGUGGUCUUCUGUCUGCCUCCAAGGCUGAAGUUAUCCCUGGAACUGUGUUGUCCAUAGAGCCCAAAGUCAGGCCCAGGCGCACAGGGGACCCAGUGAAGUUCUACCAGGUCACUUACAACACCACAUCAGGGGUGACAGGAGACACGUAUGAUAUGGUCUUCAUUGCUGCUCCCCUGAGCCCCAAGAUGGCCAACAUCACCUUCAAGAACUUUGAGCCUCCCAUCCCUGAGCUGCCAAAUCUUUACCACCAGACCAUCACGACGCUGGUGCAUGGACGCCUCAACAGCUCCUUCUUUGGUUACCAAGACCCCUCAGCCUUUCCUUUUGGAGUCAUCUUGACCAUGGAGAACCCCAAACUCUUCAUCAACAGCAUGGGGAAGGUGUCCCCCGUGGGAGGUGUGAGCGGUGAAGCAAAGCUGCCCUCGCACUCGGCUGUCUGGAAGGUGUUCUCCAACGAGGUGCUCAGCAAGGAGCAGCUCAAUUUGCUUUUCUCCUCCUAUGACUCCCUCAAAGUGAAGCAGUGGUUGGCCUACCCUGAGUACAGGCCCCCAGAGAGAUGUUCUCCUAUCAUCCUCCACGACAACAUCUACUACGUGAGCGGCAUGGAGCGCGCUGCCAGCGCCAUGGAGAUGAGCAGCAUCGCGGCCAAGAACGCCGCCCUGCUCGCCUACCACCGCUGGCACGGCAGCAGCCACCACAUCGACCAGGAGGACCUGCAGGAGAAGCUGAAGACAGAGCUCUGAGCUCAGCUACAGCCUCCAGCAGGCAGCAUUCAGAGAGAGGGAGUCACUGGCUGCAGCUGCUGAGCCGCCGUUGGAGCUCCUGAACAAAGGUCUCCUCGCUCGGUCCCCAUGAGGAGACACUCAGCUGACUGAAGAGAGCCUAGA